AAAAGCAUAACAUAACCCCAUUGAAGAUUCCGCAACAGAGAGUAGAAAAGAUGGCGCGGUUGAUCACAGUGGUGUGGUGCGCGGUGGCGGUGCUACUGUGCGCCGCGGCGGGCGCGUCGUGGGUGGAGGAGGCGGCGAACCCGAUACGAAUGGUGGCGGGGGUGGAGGCGGAGGUGGUUCGGGUGAUAGGGCAGUGCCGGCGCGCGCUGAAGUUUGCUAGGUUCAUGAGCAGGUUCGGGAAGAGUUACCGAAGCGAGGAAGAGAUGAGGGAGAGGUACGAGAUAUUCUCGCAAAACCUCAGGUUCAUCCGCUCCCACAACAAGAACCGCUUGCCCUACACUCUCUCUGUUAAUCAUUUUGCUGAUUGGACUUGGGAGGAGUUCAAAAGACACAGACUAGGCGCUGCCCAAAAUUGCUCUGCCACUCUUAACGGCAACCACAAGCUCACUGAUGCUGUUCUUCCUCCCACGAAAGACUGGAGGAAAGAAGGAAUAGUGAGUGAUGUUAAAGAUCAAGGCAGCUGCGGAUCAUGCUGGACAUUCAGCACAACUGGGGCUUUAGAAGCAGCCUAUGCACAAGCAUUUGGGAAGAGUAUCUCUCUUUCUGAGCAGCAGCUAGUGGAUUGUGCUGGCCGUUUCAACAACUUUGGCUGUAAUGGUGGGUUGCCAUCACAAGCCUUUGAGUACAUCAAAUACAAUGGAGGACUUGAGACAGAGGAAGCAUACCCCUACACUGGAAAAGAUGGUGUAUGCAAAUUCUCAGCUGAAAAUGUUGCCGUUCAAGUCAUUGACUCGGUCAAUAUCACCUUGGGUGCUGAGAAUGAAUUAAAACAUGCAGUUGCAUUUGUUCGGCCGGUUAGUGUGGCCUUUCAGGUGGUGAAUGGGUUCCAUUUCUACGAGAAUGGAGUUUACACUAGUGACAUUUGCGGUAGCACUUCCCAGGAUGUGAACCAUGCCGUCCUUGCUGUGGGGUAUGGAGUUGAAAAUGGCGUCCCAUAUUGGCUCAUAAAAAAUUCAUGGGGAGAAAGUUGGGGUGAGAAUGGCUACUUCAAAAUGGAAUUGGGGAAGAACAUGUGUGGUGUUGCAACUUGUGCGUCUUAUCCAGUUGUGGCAUAAAUUGCAUAAGAAUAUGGUCCCUGGUGACGACCACCUUGUCAUGCUUCAGAGUUUAAAGAUAAGUGUCAUUGUAUAAUGAAAAUUGCUCCUAGUUGGGUUGGUAUGAUGUAUUAAAUAAGUUAGAAGUUGCUGUAAAUCACGUAAGAAUAUCAUGGCCUGAAUUGUGUGUAUCACAGACAUAAAUAACGAUCAUAUAUUGAUAGUUCAUAGUUACAUAUUGUAUUGUAUUGUAUUGAUGCGCCCCGCUUUAAUUAUCAGUUAUAAGAAUUAAGAUAGCAUGUCUUUGCUACUUUGCACUA